AUGACAGAGACGAAGGUUGAUAAUCCCGGCGAGCCAAGGCAAGGGACUUCGGAUGUACCGGUAGAGGGAGACCGGGCAUCGGCUGGCGAUCGGCCUGCGCUUGGGCAUGAGCCAUCAGCGCCAACAGUCGGAAGUUACGAGACCGAGCAUACCCAAGGAACCGCGUUGGAGAAAGACCUAUACGGCGGAGGCGAUGAAGGAAACUCUUCAGAUCUGGAGUCAUCUGGAAGUUCGUCCGAGUCUUCCUCCGAAGACGACAGCGGCUAUCGUUCUCGCGGACCUCCGAAGCAUCCCGUGAACGGUCUCAAGGGUGCUGUCAAGGUCAAGGAUAAGCCCAAGCCUAAGCCUGACAGUAAGGACACCAAGAAGUAA